GCACGCACAGUCUAAAACAGACUCUUAACGUACUGGCAAACCGGAGAGACACGGAAACGCCCCACAGCGGACUCCCCCUGCCAGUCUCCACAUCUCUGGAGAAACAUCUGAGCUAAUUCAACAGGGCAAAGGCAGAAGUAGCUGGAGCGACCAAAAGCAUCUGUGAUUUGUUUGUGGAAGUAGCGGCGCUCAUGGCGGCAGCUCGGCUGCUUUAGGAGGGUCACUUCAGUGGAUUUUAGUGGGAGAAACUCGUCUGUUGGAUGUCACUCAGAAGAAUAAUGGAUGCGCUCAGAUUGUCCGCUGCUCUUCUUCUACUUCUGUCUUUACUCAGCUCUGGAAGCGCUAUACAGUUUCCCGACUCCCAGCUGACCCGGAAAUGGGCGAUGCAGAUGCAGGAGGAGCUAGUGCAGUUGAUCGAUGCUGAGGCGGGUAUGCAAAAGCUCCAAAAAAUUUUCCAGCAAUUUCAGAGACACUAUGUUGUGAAGCAAAACAACGCUACACAGCUGGUGGCAAAAGCUGCACAUGAAAUCGAAAACCUUCUUGCCAACCGUUCCGAAGCUCUAAAGGUGCUGGCGACGGCUGCGGAGAAACUGCAGGAGGAGCACCAGUGGAAGAAUGAAACUGUUGUGAAUGACACCGUCUACUACAAUGCCAAGGACAAGUUUGACAUUAAUGACACGGAAACAUACCACAACCGCAUCAAACUAGAAUUCAAAGAGGAUCCUGUUUUCAAACGCCCCGUUUCGUACAACACAACAGCAGUGCACAUUCCCACAGAUAUCUACGAGGGCUCCACUAUAAUCCUGAAUGAGCUAAACUGGACUGCCGCUCUGGAUACCGUCUUCAAGAAGAACAAGGAAAAAGACCCGACCCUCCUCUGGCAGGUUUUUGGCAGUGCGACAGGCCUGGCUCGAUACUUCCCAGCUUCCCCUUGGGUUGACACGAGGAACACACCAAACAAGAUUGACCUGUAUGAUGUACGCCGAAGGCCCUGGUAUAUCCAAGGUGCAGCUUCACCUAAAGACAUGUUGAUCCUGGUGGACGCGAGUGGAAGUGUGUCAGGUCUGACACUGAAGCUCAUUCGCACUUCGGUCAGUGAGAUGCUAGAGACUCUCUCCGACGAUGAUUACGUCAACAUCGUCUCAUUCAACAAUUCAGCCAAGUCAGUCGCCUGCUUUGAAAACCUGGUCCAAGCAAAUGUCCGCAAUAAGAAGAUUCUCAAGGAGGCGGUACAAAAGAUCACAGCAAAUGGCACCACUGACUACAAAAUCGGCUUUAAGGAGGCUUUUGACCAGCUCUCUUCAAUGAAUGUUUCAAGAGCAAACUGUAAUAAGAUCAUCAUGCUGUUCACUGACGGAGGGGAAGACACAGCUUCAGAGAUCUUUCAAGAGUACAACCGUGAGAAGAAGGUUCGAAUCUUCACCUUUUCUGUGGGCCAGCAUAACUACGAUAAGACGCCAAUUCAAUGGAUGGCUUGCAAUAACAAAGGUUAUUAUUAUGAGAUCCCAUCUAUUGGAGCCAUCAGGAUCAACACCCAGGAGUACCUGGAUGUGCUGGGUAGACCCAUGGUGAAAGAAGAUAAUAAAGCAAAAACUGUGCAGUGGACCAACGUUUACGUCGACGCUCUUGAACUGGGCCUUGUGAUUACAGGCACUCUGCCAGUGUUUAAUAAGACCAACACAAAGAACAGUCAAGACAAGAAGAACCAGAGCCAGUUGAUUUUGGGGGUGAUGGCCAUAGACGUGUCUCUGGACGACAUCAAGAGACUGACUCCACAUUACACUCUCGGACCAAAUGGAUACUACUUCGCCAUCGAUCCCAACGGCUACGUGCUACUUCAUCCCAACCUUCAGCCAAAGGAUCUCAAGUCUCAGGAACCCGUGACGUUGGACUUCUUGGAUGCAGAACUAGAGGAUGAAGUGAAAGUGGAGAUCAGAAGAAGUAUGAUAGACGGUCAGAAGGAUCAAAAGAGAUUUCAAACACUAAUGAAAUCUCAAGAUGAGCGUUAUAUAGACAGAGGCAUGAGAACCUACACUUGGGGCCCAGUCAAUGCCACAGACUACAGUCUUGCUUUAGUUCUACCUGAUUACAGUGUCAGCUACAUCAAGGCCACUAUAGCAGACACCAUCACUCAGGCCAGAUAUUGGAAACCCUCAGAUGAUUCAAUUGCUGAAAGUCUGCAGGUGGACAAAUUUGAAGAGUAUGGAUAUACUUUAAUAGCACCCAGAGAUUACUGCACAGACCUUAAAGCUCAGAGUGACAACAUCACACAAUUCCUCAUCGACUUCAAUGAAUACAUUGACACAAAGACGCCCAACAACCAGCUGUGUAACAUGGAGCUAAUAAACAGACUGCUGCUGGACGCCGGCAUCACUGCUGAACUGGCCAAAUACUGGAACGAACAGGGACUGAAUGAGAGAAUCAAGGCUAAGUUUGUGGUGACUGACGGCGGUGUCACUAGAGUUUAUCCUGCGAGUGCUGGUUCAGAAUGGACUGAAGAGGCAGAAACAUACAAGUCUAGUUUCUACAAGAGAAGUCUGGACAAUGAUGUUUACGUAGUUACAUCAGCACCAUACGCAAACAAUGUAACUCAAGAUUCAGUUUUAGUGAGCAGAGCAAUGGACCUGAGAGUUGAUGAAUUCAGCCUAAAACCAGCAGUGGUUGGAGUAAAACUGGAUAUACAGACUUGGAUGGAAAGCUUCAUUAACGCUACAGUUACACCUAAAUGUGUUGGUGAAAUCUGUGGUUGCAGGAGGGACGAUGUCAAUCUGGACUGCUUUCUUCUGGACGAUGGUGGCUUCCUUGUCAUGACCAAUAAGUACCCCUAUAUCGAUAAGAUCGGACAGUUUUUCGGUAUGAUUGAACCCAGCCUAAUGAGAAAUCUGAUAAACGAAACCCUGUUCGCAGUCAACAUAACCUACGACUACCAGGCACUCUGUGAACCCACCAAAGAAAGUAAAGCAGCCGCUGGUCUCAGAUCAGUCUAUGUGCCCACCAUAGCUGACAUCCUGAACAUCGGUUGGUGGGCUUCCGCAGCAGCCUGGUCAAUAUUGCAGCAGUUGAUGGUCAGCAUCACAUUUCCUAAUUUCCUUGAGGCAGCGGAUCUAGAUGAUGACCUGUCUGAAAUACCAUCUAAAGAGAGUUGCAUUAAAGAGCAGAAACAGUAUUUCUUUGAGAACAGCGAGACAACUUUUAAGGGGACUGUUGAUUAUCAGAACUGCUCCAGGCAGUUCAUAGCUGAAAAGCUUCCGAAGACAAAUCUGGUGCUUAUUGUUGCAGACACGCAAAUGUGUAGCCAGACUGAUGAGAAAUGUUUUUCCCAGGAAGAAAAGCCUUCUCCAGGUCCAGAUCCCUGCAAGAUAGCCCAGAACCCGCGCUAUCGGAAAGGUCCGACGCAGUGCUUUGACAACAACGCACGUGAACAGAACGAGGAUUGCGGCGGGGCAUCAGGUCUGAGUCCAUCGAUCGUGUCCAUGGUCAUCCUCCAGCUGCCGCUGCUCUGGCUUCUGAUUGGACGAGGACACUGCCUCUCGUGACCUCAGCACAGAGAAACCACACCCCCCAUACGAUGCCAAAACGUACCACAUUUGACCGUUCAUCCAGACUCCCACGCACAUGGAGGGAGAGGCUCUGACCCAGGAAGUACAAAACCGAAGCCGCGAUCACUCACAGCUUUUGAGGUCAAAGCAGGUCGGAGAUGAUAAAUGAGCAACGACCUUUGACAUUUGACCUUUGAGGUCAGACUCUCUCCACAUGGGCAGUCUUACCUGGGUGGGCAGACCUUGACACUUCAUCGCCACUUCGCUAUGAAGAAACGUCCUGUUUUUAAAACGAACGAAAAAAUGAUCCACUGCCAACCAAAGUUUCGCCCUUUAUUGGUGUGAUGCCUUUUUUUUAACCUAUUUGUCCUUCAACAUAUUUACACGGCUGAAUCCUCAGCAUUACAAACUGUUUAUAUGUGACUUUUAUGGCCUCGUCACGUUUGCCCCGCUGAGAUCUUUAAUGGACCCCUCCGGGUCGGGUCAAAAUCCAGCCUUGUUUGUGGUCUGCAGCCUAUUACUGAAAAAAAAAGGACAAAUGAGCUUGUGACCCAAUGCAAAAGUCUCUUGUUUUUCCCAGUGGUCUCCACCUCUGUGCCUCGGGAAUAUCGGUUUCAUUUCCGACCGCUGUUUCGAGUGAACAAUCCCUCCCUCCAUUUGUCCGUGGGUACCCAUAUUCGCUAUCACACGGUGAUUUUUAUCCACCCAUAGUGCGUUUCUAACGUGCACUGCUGCCAAACGUUACCUUGUGUGUGGUCUUGCUGUACUUUGCACUUGAUGCCAAGCAGGUCGUGUGGCCAAACAGCCCUUUGUUUCUUAUUUAGGGCUUUUUAAAUGGCAGCCGAUUCGUGCCGACCUAAAAGUUAGCAAAGUUAUGCGUCCUGGCUGUGAAUAUGAAGAGAAAACCCUGCUGUUGCAUGUGUGUGUUAUUUUAGAUUGUUUAAGUUAUAUGAGCAAGUUUUCUGCUGUAUGUUUAAUGUUGAUUUUUAUGUGCUCUAUUUAAUGUAUGUGUGUGGAUAUGCAGAUGCUCAAGGGUGUUUAUGACAUGGUUGCUCUUUCCCACACUUUAAUAUCAUCUGGAGAACUCAAAAAAGGUGGAAAGAAAAUUAUCUAAUGUUUACAGAUAUUUUGAGACACUCGAGAGUUUUUAUAAGAAAUGUUGCCCCGGUUGUGCUGUCUUUCGAGCGUACGAGUCUCCGAUGUGUCGUUUUUCACUUUAAUGUCAGAGGCAGAGCCCUGUCAGCCUUUCUUUCCUGUCAACGUGCCUUGAUGUGAAUGGAUUCAUAUAAAAAUAAGUGAAAGAAAAUCACAUUGUGCAAUCUGACCCUGAUCGCUCUGCGGAGAAAUGCAAAUUAUCGCCAUUCUGAUCUGAUCUUCCGUCCCUUUAAGAGAUCCUGACUGGAUCUUUGUGCCUCCAUACAAUCUGGGCCAAAAGCCAAAAUUUAUGGAAUAAUUAAGAUUUUGAGAGGAGACAAGAAUAAUUACAGCAGCCCUGAACGGCUCACAAAAAUGAACGUGUUUUUAAAAUAUUUUUGAGCUUUAUAAUUGUUUAUAAUAAUAAUAAUAAUUUCUUUAUUAAUAGUAUUUAUUAUUAUUAUUUGUUUGUUUGUUUUAAAUUAAAUCUAAAAAAAAAAAAAAAAAAA